AUGAAUAAUUCUAGUAUUGUUUCUUCUGCUGAUGGUUCAAAGCAGUUAGUUACAUACAGCAAGGUUCAACAAAAGAUUGUUCGUCAGAACGUUCGUUCUGAGGAAGAGUACCUGAAUCAUAUAGGAAAGAUUAUACAGCGUGAUUUCUUCCCAGAUAUUGCCGAACUUAGCGGAGAAACAUCCGGUGACCCGGUUGUUGAUGCCUCCCAAACGCCAUCUAGCCAUCCAACUCAAAAUCCUGAACGAGAUGAGAUAUCCAUGCGACUGGAUAAGUAUCUUGCGAAUAACACAACUGAGGACAACGCUUCCUUCAUGGAAAUUGUUGAAGAAUCAGAGAAGAAGCGAGAGGCGAAAUUGGCCAACUUCUUUCCUUCUAGAUCUCCCACUAAUGCUGUACGUUGCUUUUGA